AUGCCCUUUGUCGACAUCGAUACCUCCAGUGGAUUGUUUUCCUUUCGUUACAGCAUUGCCACGCCGACCUCGACAACAGACUCAGUAGAGGCAAUUUCUCCGGAUCUACCAUGCAUUCUGUUUUUACAUUCGGGUUAUGUAGGACAGGAGGUAUUUGAAGACCAGUUUGCGGACAGACGACUACGAGAAUUCAACUUGAUAGGAGUUGACAUGAAGGGAUUUGGAGAUACGAAAGGGCUAAUCGGAAAUGCGCCGUUCACUCCCCGAGAAUCGGCGUCAGAUGUAGACCAAAUUACAGAGAAAUUGAACCUUCCACCAUGUCAUAUCUUUGGGCUCGCGAACGGAUGCACAGUUGCGUUAGAAUUAGCUGGAGGUUACCCAAGCAGGGUUUUGUCUUUGACACUAUGCUCUCCGCUAUCUGAAGUAGAGCGAGAAUCGGUCAUCGCUGGUCGUACAGAGGUAUUCAAGUAUUGGCAACAAAUGGAUGAAGUUAUUCGGUCUCCUACUGCUGAGAGUGAAGAAUUUCGAAUUUCGACUAGCGAAGAAUUGGCCGGAGAUGUGUUGCUUGGAUCCGGACAGCUUAUGGUGAACAAUUCCAAGUCGAACCGUGCUGUCUCGAUGCUAAGCCACGCAAUAGCGACCGCGAAGCGAAACUGGUCUGGCUCCCCGGAAAAACUGUCCUUAGCUUACAAAACGUCGCUAGAAUGGUUCCUGGAAAGGAGGCCAAUUCCUGACGACAUGUUGGAAAAGAUCGCCGUCCCCGUUAGCAUCAUCUAUUGUUCUGAAGACGUCGCCUAUCCGCUAGAAUGUGCGGAGGAACUAGAGAAGCGGCUCAUCGAUGCAGGAGUCCCCAAGGUAGCUCUGUACGAAGUCCCAGGUGCCCACUACGGAAGCAUCACGAACCCCAAAGACAUCAAUAAAAUACUAUACGAAACCGUCUCCUCUUGCCACCCGAACCUCCUAGGGAGCUCUGUUUCUUACGUCUUUGACGCUCAAGACAGACUUGUGACGCCUUUUACGGAAGUUCUCGUGCAGCACGGGUACGAUCCCGCAGAAGAUAGUACGAACGAGAACGGCGGGUUGGGAGUGCAUUUGGCUCUAUGA